AUGGCCGCGGACGACUCGUACACGGCAGCUGACGAGCGCGCCCGUGCCGCCCGGAGGGCGGGCAUCCAGGCGAAGAAGGACGAACAGCCGGCGAACACGGCGCGGAGUUACGCGGCGAAGCAGCGGGAGUGGAAGGCCUGGUGCCAUACGCCUCGGGCUGCAGCAGACGGCUCGCUCUAUAGCUGGCCCGACGGCGAGCUCGUAACGCCGGACAAGCUGGCGGCGUGGCUCAAAGAGGAUAUCCUGUUACGACGCGUUGUGCCGCCGCAGAAGAAGAAGCCGCGCGCGCGGGACCGCGGGAGCGACGGGGUCCAGGCCGGCUACCUCCCCGAUGAAUGGCUUCGGAUCCAGGAUCUCCUUCUCACUGGCGCCGCGUAUACGCCGCAAAACCUCCGUACGCGAGUCGACCUCCUCUUCGGCCACUACUACCUCUUAGGGGGGGAAACCCGCCGCAAGAUGGAGCUUGCAGACCUGUCCCUACUCGACUAUCCGCCUUCGGAAGGGCCGACCGCCUGUGGUUGCCUGGGGCCUAGCACAGCUCUUCUUUGGCGCUGGCACGUCGCCGGCGAACCGCCCCGUCCUUCCGGCGCCGUCAGGACUGGUAUCGGAUCAAGGUCCUCGUCGGGCGGGACCGCGAGCAGGAGCUCGUACCCGACGCAGCUACAAGAGACCUGGCGUAUCUUCGGCGCUGCCGGCCUUAUCGCGUCGAAGAAGACGCACCUCCCGCGCAGGGUGGGCGCCCAGGACGCGGAGACCCAUGGCACGUCGCUCGCCCAGAUCUCGCAGGCCGGCCGCUGGAACCAGAGCGUGCUCUGCCAGGCAUAUCUUACGCACCUACCGCGGCAGUUCAUGCGUAUCGUCGCCGGCUUCUCGGCCUCCCCGGGGACUACUCGCGCGUGCGGCUCACGAACCCCGUACGUCUUACAAAAGCAGCUGUGGCCGUGGAUCGAGGAGUGGGAACCCGCUUUGAGGCGCGGGCGCGCCGGCAAUGCUGGGCAGAAGGCGGUCUCGACGACGACGACUUAG